CCAAUCCUUAUCCUUCACCUUCAUUCACUCACUCGCUCAUUCAUUCCUUCAUUCAUUCUCUCCCAAAUCAAGCCAAAAAAACCCUAGAAAAAACCUGAAAAAGCAGCUUCAAAAUGGAGGGAAGGGAAGAAGAUGUUAGACUUGGAGCUAACAAAUACUCAGAGAAACAAGGGUUAGGAACAGUAGCACAAGACAGAGAUUACAAGGAACCACCACCAGCACCAUUGUUUGAACCUGGUGAAUUAACAUCAUGGUCAUUUUACAGAGCAGGAAUUGCAGAAUUUAUUGCAACCUUCUUGUUUCUUUACAUCAGUAUUUUGACUGUUAUGGGUUAUUCUCGUGCUUCCAAUAAGUGUCAAACUGUUGGUGUUCAGGGUAUUGCUUGGGCUUUUGGUGGAAUGAUCUUUGCCCUUGUUUACUGUACCGCUGGAAUUUCUGGUGGACACAUUAACCCAGCAGUGACAUUAGGAUUGUUCUUGGCAAGGAAAUUGUCCUUGACAAGGGCACUUUUCUACAUGAUUAUGCAAUGUUUGGGUGCUAUUUGUGGUGCUGGUGUAGUCAAGGGCUUCCAACCCACACCUUUCCAGGCUGGUGGCGGCGGGGCCAACUACAUUCACGCCGGUUACACCAAGGGUGAUGGUCUUGGAGCCGAGAUUGUUGGCACUUUCGUCCUUGUUUACACCGUCUUCUCUGCCACUGACGCCAAGCGAAGCGCUAGGGACUCUCACGUUCCUAUCUUGGCUCCAUUGCCAAUUGGGUUCGCCGUUUUCUUGGUUCACUUGGCCACCAUCCCUGUUACCGGCACUGGUAUCAACCCUGCUAGGUCACUUGGAACUGCCAUUAUCUACAACAGGCGCCUUCACUCUUGGGAUGACCACUGGGUAUUCUGGGUGGGACCCUUCAUUGGAGCAGCACUAGCAGCACUAUACCACCAAGUGAUCAUUAGGGCAAUUCCCUUCAAGUCCAAGUGAAGAAAUUAAUGAUGGCCAUGGGUGAUACAAUAAUAAUAUUUGAUUGGAUUAUCCACCCGUUUUCAGUAUUUGUUUUUCAACUUUUAUAUGUGUCUCUAUUUUCAACCCUAUUUUUUUUUUUUUAAUCUUUGUUUGUAUCUUUUUGUAUUAUGUAAGUUAUUAAAUUAAGUAAGUACUUUUGCUUGUGAUGGGCUUGCAAUUGGAGUGGGGUUGUAAAAUGUAAAUUCUUACUGGCUUUCAUGUAAUGUAAUGUUCCCAUUCCGGCUUAUUAUCUA